CUGCGAUGCGCCGCCAAACUACCACUCCCAGAACGCACCGCGCGGGGUGGAGCGAGCGACUUCCGGUCGGCAAACAGCGCAUGCGCAGAUGUGGAUGAGGCCGAGAGGUGGGGAUAGCGCGCAUGCGCAGAGCGGGACCGCCAUAGCAACCGCGGCCUAGCCCGUGCCGAGCCGCCCCGCCGCCAUGUUGCGUUGGAUCGAGUUCCAACGGGCCCGGGAACCGCUGAGCGGGUGGAAGGACGGAGUGAAGGCCCCACCGGAACCGGAAACACAACCGGACACCGACAAGGAGCUGGAGGCCGGGAGAGAAGCGAGAAGAUUCUACGAGAGUCUACUAAGGGAGGAGCUGCCAUCAUCGCGGCCUACACCGGAAGUGAGGCCUACACCACCGGAAGUGAGGCCUACAGCACCGGAAGUGAGGCCUACUCCACCGGAAGUGAGGCCUGCACGACCAAAAGUGAGGCCUACACUACCGAAAGCGCGGCCUACACCACCGGAAGUGAGGCCUACACCACCGGAAGCGCCGCCCCCUCCCAAACGCCGCCAUUUUCCGCCGCCAUUAGACGCCGUGACCCGGGAGCGACGCGGACACGCCAUGUUGAAGGCGGCUCAGGACGGAGACAUGGCGGCUCUAAGGAGGAUGGUGGAGAAGGAAGGAGGAGACGUUCACUUCCGGGAUCAUUUCCGGUGGAGCGCCGUGAUGUGCGCGGCUCGGGCCGGGAGGGUUCAGGCCGUCCGGUACCUGCUGGAACAUGGGGCCCAUGGGGGGGAACCGGCACGGACACUGGCGGAAAUGGGGGGACAUUGGGAUGUGGUGAGGGUCAUCAACGAGUGGGGGGAGACAGGCAACAUGGCGGACAAAAACAAGAUGGCCGCCGGAAACAAGAUGGCCGCCGGAAGUAAGAUGGCGGAUAGGAGCAAGAUGGACGACGGAAACAAGAUGGCGGACAAAAACAAGAUGGCCGCCGGAAGUAAGAUGGCGGAUAGGAGCAAGCUGGACAUUGGUAACAAGAUGGCCGACGGAAACAAGAUGGCGGAUAGGAGCAAGAUGGCGGACGGAAACAAGAUGGCAUGCAAAAAAAAGAUGGCCGCCGGAAGUAAGAUGGCAGAUAGGAGCAAGAUGGACGACGGAAACAAGAUGGCCGCCGGAAACAAGAUGGGGGACGGAAACAAGAUGGCCGCCGGAAACAAGAUGGCGGAUAGGAGCAAGAUGGAUGACGGAAACAAGAUGGCCGCCAGAAACAAGAUGGCCGCCGGAAACAAGAUGGCGGAUAGGAGCAAGAUGGCGGACGGAAACAAGAUGGCGAACAAAAACAAGAUGGCCGCUGGAAACAAGAUGGCGGACAAAAACAAGAUGGCCGCCGGAAACAAGAUGGCGGAUGGGGCCAUGAUGGCCGCCAGUGGCAAGAUGGUGGACGGGGGAAAGAUGGUGGAUGGGGACAAGAUGGAGGAUGGAAACACUAUGGUGGAUGGGGGCAAGAUGGCGGCCAAGGAAGACAAGAUGGCGGCCAUGAAGGACGUCGAGGUGGAGGAGGAGGAAUCCAAGAUGGCGGCUCACUGGCUCCCGCGGUGUCGCUGUCCCUUUAAGGCCUCCCCGUCCCAUAUAAUGUGUCGCUGUCCCUUUAAGGCCGCCCCGUCCCAUAUAAUGUGUCGCUGUCCCUUUAAGGCCUCCCGUCUCCAUAUAACUGCCCGCAUAGCAGCCUACAGAUGCCGCUAUAUGUGGCCAUGA